AUGGAAAAUCUGUCAGCCAUCGCCGCCAGUAAAACUGAACCUGUUGACUUUUUGUCACACGAAGCCGCCACUGAUGAGGCUGCCAAGUACGCGGAUGUGUUCAGCAACGGUGAGACGUACUCGAGCCGCGAGUGGGUUAGGCUGCGAUGGAAACUUGACUUGCGGCUCGUUCCAUUGCUGUGGUUCAAUAUUACGCUUGGUGCCAUGGAUAAAAUCACCACAUCUACAGCUGUAUUAUAUGGUUUUCGAGCAGAUACAGGCUUGUAUGGGGAUCGGUACAGCUGGGUAGGCAGCGCCUUCUACUUUGGGUACUUAUUCUGGUGUCUCCCCAGUGGCAGUCUGCUCCAGCGAUUCCCCAUUGCCAAGCUCAUGUGCGCCGUUCAGUUUCUCUGGGGCAUCAUCCUCAUCGCCACAGGCUUCGCCAACAACUUUCCAACCCUCAUCGCCCUCCGUGUCAUUUUGGGCGCCCUCGAGGCUCCAAUUGUACCGGGAAACUACUUGCUAAUCUCCAUGUUUUACUCGCGCUCCGAACAAUCUUUACGUACAGGCCUGAUGUAUACAGGUCUGUCCGUGUGCUUUACUGGCCCAAUCGGCUGGGGCAUCGGCUUCCUGUCAGGCGACCACCAGUGGAGGAGCAUGUUCUGGAUCACCGGUGCCAUGACAAUCUCGUGGGCACUCGUGAUUGGCGCUUUUCUGCCGGAUAGUCCGGUUCGAGCCAAAUUUAUCACGGACCGGCAAAAAGGCAUCGUGAUCGACAGGUUGCGCGCGGAUCAAACGGGAGUUGAGAACAAAAAGUUCAAAUGGGAGCAGUUCAGAGAGACAUUGGUCGAUCCCAAGACAUGGCUCAUGUUUCUCUUUCAGAUUAUGAUUUCCAUACCAAACGGCGGUCUUACAAACUUCACCCCGCUCGUCAUCAAGGGACUCGGUUUUACCUCGCAGCGCUCCACGCUUCUUACCAUGCCGACUGGCAUCAUCCAGACAAUAUCAUCGUACAUAUGCAACGGCGGUGUUUUUCUUUGCGCAAAAAAUUUCCCUCAGUACCAGUGUCGCACAGCGUUUGUCAUCCUUGGAAUUGUCGUUGGACUAGUGUCGUCGGUCUUUCUUUACACUCUACCUCUGGAUGCCUUUCACUCUCGCUUGCCUGCUUUGUACAUGUCGUACUUUUACUUGGGCCCCUACAUUUUAUCACUGGGUCUCAACGCGGCCAACACGGCUGGUCAUACCAAAAAAGUUGCGACAAACGCACUCGCAUUUAUUGCUUACUGCACGAGCAAUAUUAUCGCACCCCAGUUUUUCAAAUCACAUCAGGCACCUCUAUACCCGCUUGGCGUGGCCGCUAUCUUAGCCAGCUAUGUUCUCGCGAUGAUUAUCAUUACUUUGUACGCGCUGUAUUACACUGACUUCCUCGAAGCCGGCGGCCCCGAAGGAUAUGCAUGGAAUGUGCUGCGGUCAGAAUUCGACGAUAUACUCUUCAGGCACGCCGGGGUCUGUGGUGCUCAGAUAUUCGAGUCAACAGAAGUCAAGCAAAUCUUGUUUGCACGCGAAAGGGAGAAUACGGCCGCUGUGCCUGACGACGACGAGGUUACUGUUGAUGCGCCGCGUCCUGAGUCGGCCAUAUGGGCGCGUAAGAACGGCACUUCAGGCUCCAUUUCCUUCAAGUACCUUGUGGAUGCCAGUGGUAGGCAGGGAAUCCUGAGCACCAAGUACUUGAAGAACAGAAGGGUGAAUGACAACUUUAAAAAUGUCGCCAAUUGGGCAUACUGGAAAAGCGAUAAUAUUUACGGUCCUGGAACGCACAUGCAAGGCUCCCCCUAUUUUGAGGCACUGGAUGAUGCCAGUGGCUGGGCCUGGUUUAUGCCACUGCAUGACGGAACUCGUUCCGUAGGCAUCGUACAAGACCAGAAGCAAGCAGCCCGGGCGAAGCGAGACCUGGGGCGGCCGUCGGGCUUAGAGUACUACAAGAUAGCUCUUAAGAUGGCGCCCACCACGCAAAAACUCCUCGCGGGAGCUGAGCUGGCUUCUGAUGUUCGGUCAGCUUCAGAUUGGUCCUACACUGCGUCGACGUAUCAUCUACCCAACGCACGGAUAUGCGGCGACGCUGGAAGUUUUAUCGACCCAUUGUUCUCCUCCGGUGUCCACCUAGCUAUCACGGGUGGUCUUUCUGCAGCAGCUACCAUCGCAGCUUCAGUCAGAGGCGACUGUGAUGAGCAUACAGCCGGCGCGUGGCACUCUAAGAAAACAGUUCAGAGCUACAGUCGCUUCUUCUUGGCUGUCAGUAGCGCCACCAAGCAAAUUCGAGAAAAGCACUUGCCAAUCUUGCAAGACUUGAAUGAAGAAGGGUUCCAAAGAGCCUUUGAUCUUUUUAGACCUAGCACUGUCGACAAUGACACUAGAAGCAAAGUGACACAAGCUGAAAUAUCAAAGAUUUUGGAGUUCUGCUCCAAGUCAUUCACCUACGUCGCCCCGGAACAGAAAGAGGCCUUGUUCAAGAAGCUCACCAAGCUGGGUGUCAACGGGGAAGAUUCAGAUGUCUCGUGGGCGAACGGCCUCGGCGAUUUGCAGCAUCACCUUACAGCCGACGAGCUGAAAGUUCUCGGCAUUUUACAAAGCAGGCGAUUGACUCGCGAAGAUCCCUUUGAAAUUGAUAGCUUUACGCUGGACCCAAUCGAUGGGCUAGCUCCCUCUUUGGUGCGUGGUAGCCUCGGCCUCGUCAAGUCGGAGCAAGCUAGAAUUGAUCCUGGAUGCCUAUUCUCGCCCGAAUUCCUUGAUGGCAAAAGGCCGGGUAUUAGGGAAGGUAGCAUAUUCCAUUCAAGCGAUGAAUACCGUUUGAACAAGGAAGCAGUGGAGACUGUAGCUUGA